GUAUAUAAGCGUAUAAAAAUAUAAACCAAAAGAGUAACAUGUGGCUGUAAAAUCAAUGCAAGUCUUGAGCAUAAUUUUUAUUCAAUGCUCAGCUCUGUUCACGCGCCACUGUUAAAAUUUCUCCUUCCGAGCCGACUGUGGUGAAACACGCUCAUCGCAUUUUGUUAGGUUUUGACAAUUCACACUUAUCUCUGAUUCACACGCUGGUCCGUAGUUGGACCUUCUCUGUAUUUUACGUUCUCUGCAUGUACAUCUUACUCAUUCACUUAGUUAUCAGUCAUUGUUAUUGAAUAUCAGCCUGUUGAACCAGAAAACAUAGUGAAAGAAGUUCUUUGAUGUAGACGACGUUGAACUGUGCUUUUUGGUGCUUAUUAUAUAUAUUCUCUUGUAUAACCUAGAUUUACAAUGUUAUUAUCACUUGUCCCUUUCGACAAAAGUUCGUGGUGAAUGAAUUCAAGUUCAUUUUAUUGGGAAUAAACUUUAUAUAAAAGAAAGAAAAACAAUGCCUAUCAAUAAUUCAAGCGAUGACUUUAAAGUGCUGAUGAAAUUACGGCCAAGUGAAAUUACCGAUGAUAAGCAGCCAGCAUUUUACCUGGCCCGCCCACAAAUCCUUACUAUUUACUCUUGCCGGGGCCUUAAUAGCAUUAACAAUGACGUGCAUCUUUUGUAUUUUAAAAAGCCAACAUCAUAUCCACUGGAUUUAAAUGAAGGAUUCGAUCAGUUCAUUUUCAGGCAGAUGAAUAAAUUUGGGCUUAAUAAAGUAGAAAAAUACGUUAUAGAAAACGAUGAAAACAUUCUGCAGCCGGAUGCACAUACACCAUCCGGAUCUCGGCAGACACAAUAUGAUUCUAAACGCAGAGUGAUUUUAUGUCAACGUGGAGUCUUGACAGACAUUAUGAUUAUACCAUAUCGUCUAAAUGGACCGCGUAAUACGACGUUUCUUGUUACAAAAUAUUGUGGCGCAUUUCACAUGCAAGAAAAAUAUACGAUAACUAAUUUUGAACAAAGGGAUGCAUAUCAUACAUAUCAUCAAAAAUUUAUGCAGUUAUGCUUUUCUGAUAGCCCAAAUUCGGAACCUGAAAUCGAUAAACCUGUUGAUGACAAUAACCCAAUUUCUUGUAUCAUUAAAACCUCAAUGAAAGAAUUUGAUCUAAUCUAUUCAGCAGAGAUCGCUGGUAUUAUGUCUGAUAGCAAGGUUGAAAACACUCCUAACACGGAAGAAAUUAAUAGAUUGCGAUUCAUAAUGACUAAGCAAUUGAAUAAAAAUGAUUGGAAGGGAGAUAUUUUAGAUCAUCCAAAGUGUUUGCUCUGGUGGCUACAGGCGUAUUUAGCUAAGACAAGCGAUAUUUGCAUUGGCCUGAGAGAUCAGAACGGCAUUGUGUGCACUCCAGUACAAGUCACGCGAGCUGAGCAGAUAGCAAAAAAUCGUAAAUGGAAACCGCACGUUUGUAUACGUUUUCUACACUCCGUACUUAAAUUGGUAGAGAAAACAAUGGCGCAAGUAGAUUGUCCAUAUACAGUCUACGAGUUUGACUCCUCCACAAGAUGUAUUAAAUUCAAAGUCCAUGCAGGCAAAACAGAUCUCUCUUUCCUUUCAGAUGAUUAUAUAAAGAAAUGUAAACAGCGUACUUCGCACUAAAAACAUUAUACAUAUAAUAUCCAUGCUAUAUCACAUAAUACACGUAUGGAUAAGUAUAUACUUACAUACAAACAUAUGUACAUUUAUAUGAAUGAUAACGUUUUUUAUAUUAUUAAUAACUAAACAGAGAAAUUGUUAAUGCAAUAAAUUAAAGGUUUUAUUUAGCAUAGUUAGAAUG